UGAACAAUGGUGGUGCGCGUGGUGGUGCGCCAAGAGCUGUCCAACAUUAGUCCUUCUUUACCUUCAAGUAAGGGAGAUAUAUAUUUCUUUGUCCUCUUCUUUUGGUUAUUGUAAAUUGAAAGCAUAUACCCUUUUCAAACUGAGGUAAGAAUAUUAGAUAAUUAACUUUAGUAUAAGAAUAUAUCUGAUUUUGGCACUUUCAUUUUGUGUUGCAUAAGUAGUAUUCAGCAUAAUGAACAAUGAUCUGACAACAUCAGCACAUCAAUCUAUAAAUAAUUCAUUGACAGGAUCACACAAUCAAUCUGAUCAUACCAACAACAAUAGCAGUAACAAUAUUUUAUCAGUGAGACAUAUAGAGACUGUUUAUCAGGAUAGAAACACGAUUAGAUUAGCGCAAAUAGAACAAGAACUACGUAAAAUCAGCUCAUAUGGCAGUGCUUGCGAUGAAUUACUUGUUUGGAUCAAUGAUAAUCGUGCUUAUAAUUCACAUUAUGAAGCUGCUUUAUUAAAGUGCUUUAGAGCUAUUUAUGAAACAGCAGAGUCAUUUGGAGCAUGGUCUGGUUUACAGAUCUUGAAAAAGGCAAGCGAGAAUCGAGCCAACUUGAGCCUUAUUUCUCAAAAGUUAAUCGAAGAAUUAUACGAAGGACUAAAAGUUAAAGUCUUGAACAAGAAGAAAGAGAACACAUCGAUGGCCACUACUACUACAUCAACCGCUAAUUCACCUACUGCUGCACCUCUAAACUCAACUUCUUCAGGGCCCUCAACGCCAACAACACCUGCAUUAGCACAACCUCAGCAGUUAGGGUUGUCUACUUCAAAAAAUUAUGAUGACCUCGUAAGAGAAAUUCUCGCUGGCGUGUGUGAACCUGCAACUGGAACGGUCCAAAAGGACACAUGUGCAAACCAACCUAAUCAGAGCACUUCUAUCCAAAAUGCUCCUUCACCAACAGCAACGACUGUAGCCGCGACAGUUCGUAGCCAACAAAGAGUGUUAUCACAAUCUCCAGUUCAGGCCUCAUUUGCAACGAGAUCACAUCCGGCCAUAUUUAUAAACCAAGGGCAGCCGAUGAUAGCGCCACUUACGUCACAUUAUCCGACCUUUUCAGCGUCAAUCUUACAGCAACAGCAGAUGGCUUGGCUUCAGUACCAGCAGAUGCUGUUGCAGCAGCAGGCUCAACAGCAGGCUCAACAGAAAGCCCAGCAGCAGGCUCAACAGCAGGCUCAACAGCAAGCGCAACAACUAACACAGCAGCAGUUUCAGCAACGAUUGCAACAAAAAGCACAGCAAUUGCAGCAACAGGCUCCAGGGUUAAAUAAAAUUAAUUCGAUAAAACAAUAUAUGGUGCCUGCUUCUCCCACGAAAUCGCGAUUUGAUCCACAGCAGCAACAAGGAUCGCCGCAGUUACAGAGAGCAAAUGAACAUGGACAAACUGUACAGUCUCCUACUACUCAACCAGGGGCUUCUUUUAGCGGCCUUCCGCGAUCCAUAUCAUCACCUACUAUUGUUCAACAACAAACGACAGCUCAAAAUGCCCAAGCUACGCAAUAUGCCUACAACUCAAGUCAAAUAGUAGCAUGGCAGCAAUUAAUGCAACAACAACAACAGCAGCAGCAGCAGCAAAAUCAGAAGCAACAGCAAUUAUUGCAGCAGCAACAGGAGCAGGAGCAGCGAUUAAGGAAGUAUUAUAAUCAACAACUGCUAGCUGCUGCUGUACAAAUGCCGCAGAGAGGCAUGCAGCAAAGAGUACAAAAUUCAUUUAUUCCUCAGCAGAUAAGUCCAGGCUAUCAAUCACCACAGCAGCAGCAAUUCAAUAACAAUAACAAUAUCAGUAAUCAACAACAGCAACUGUCAGCACCUGUUUACAUACAGCCUACACAAGCUCAGUCUCAACCAUCCAAUAAUGUAGGCAAUAGCAAUGCCCUACAAAAACAGGCUCAACAAUCACAGCAGCAACCAUCGUCUAUAUCUUUAGCAGAAAUUCAAGCUGUAAGCACAGCUGCUAUGCUGCCAACAACUGCUGAUUUGUCUAUACCCGUACGCCUGACCAAUGGUAACAAUAUACCCUUAUGCAUUUCUUCCACACAUAGUGGUAGUAGCAGUACGUCACCUACACAGCCUAGAACAGCUCAAGCAUCAACCAGUAGCUUUGGUCAGCAAAAUGCUUUAUAUUUACCAAACAUAUCUCAGCCUUCAUUUGAUCAAUUGGUUCUACCAAACAAGACCACAGGGCUUAUACCGGCAUUGGCAAAUGAUUCAGACUCAAAAGAUCUUGCGGAUUUCCUUCGCCCUAGUAGUGCUAUCCUUGGACCCUUUAGACUAGUACAUAGUCAACGAGUGACUGAAAAGCAAUUCUUUAUUGGAAAGAACUACUUUACCAGUUUAUUUAAUGAAACAAAUAACCGAGUAAAGAGUCCAGAGAAGUUACCAUUGACAUUUCUUUUUACUGCAUGGCAUGUGAAGUCACAAGAAAGGAAGGUAGAGUGGCCUGAGCACAUGAGAGCAGAAAUGAAUGGGAAGCAACUUUACUUAGAAAGGGUAGCAAACUAUAUAUACACAUACAAUACAGGAUCUAAUAUCUAAUGUUUUUUUGUUACAGAAAAUGCGAGUUGAUGGUCGCAUACCUAUACAGACUGGAAAAGACAAGGCGUAUGACUUAAAU